AUGAUAUUAAUCGUUAUAAUAACUUGUUGGUGUUUAAAUAUGUUGGGUGGUGGAAUGGCACAAAUUAGAAACGAGAGUAAUGUUGUAGUGAAAGUUGGAGCUGUACUUGAUAUUAGCAAUGGAACGGUUGGUAUAAUAGGAUUGAGCUGCAUCAACAUGGCUCUCUCAGAUUUCUAUCACUCUCAUUCUCAUUACAAAACUAGAAUCCAAAUCAUCCUUAGAGAUUCUCAUAAGGAUGUUCUCACUGCCGGUGCACAGGCUCUGGAUCUCAUAAAAAAUGAGAAAGUGCAAGCAAUUAUGGGACCAACAACAACAAUGCAAGCAAAUUUUGUGAUUCAACUAGGAGACAAAGCACAUGUCCCCAUUGUAACCUUUUCAGCAACAAGCCCUUCACUAGCAUCACUUCAAAGUCCAUAUUUUUUCCAAAUAUCACAAAUUGAUUCAGCUCAAGUUAAAGCCAUCACCUCAAUUAUUCAAGCUUUUGGUUGGAAACAAGUUGUCCCCAUUUACAUUGACAAUAGUUUUGGUGAAGGACUCAUACCUUAUUUAACCAAUGCUCUUCAACAAGCCAAUAUUCAACUUCCCUAUCUAAGUGCAAUUUCUCUUUCAGCCACAGAUGAUGCUAUCACUCAAGAGCUUUAUAAAAUAAUGACUAUUAUAUCCACUAGAGUAUUUGUUGUUCAUAUGUCAACAAAUCUUGGGUCUAAACUUUUUACCUUAGCAAAAAAAAUUGGGAUGAUGAGUCAAGGCUAUGUUUGGAUAGUAACCGAUAGUAUGGCUAAUUUAUUCAGUUCAUUUGAUUUUACUGUGAAGGAAUCAAUGGAAGGAGUAUUGGGUGUUAGGACUUAUAUUCCAAAAACAAAUAAGCUAGAUGGUUUUGGAGUUAGAUGGAAAAGAAAAUUCAUUAGUCACAAUCCAACUCUUGUUGACACAAAUUUGAACAUUUUUGGAAUAUGGGCUUAUGAUGCUACAAUUGCAUUAGCAAUGGCUAUUGAGAAGGUUGGAAUUGGAAACACAAACUUUGGUUACAAUGAGAGCAACACAUCAAGCAACUAUUACAUGCCUAAUUUUGAAAAGUUUGGUAUUGCACAAAAUGGUGAGAAAUUGAGUGAAGCUUUGUCAAAAACUAGAUUUAAAGGUCUUAGUGGUGAUUUCAAUGUUGUUGAUGGGAAGUUACAAGCACCAAUAUUUGAGAUAAUUAAUAUGAUUGGCGAUGAAGAAAAAAGGGUUGGAUUUUGGACACCAAAUAAAGGAUUGGCUAGAAAUUUGGACAGAAAAGGGCAAAUUAGCAAUAAUAUCAUAUAUUCUACAUCUAAAAAUGAUCUUGGUUCAAUCAUAUGGCCAGGGGAUGUGUACUCUAUUUCAAAGGGAUGGGAAAUUCCUACUGUUGGGAAGAAACUGAAGAUAGGAGUUCCUGUUAAAUAUGGAGAUAACUACACUGAAUUCUUGAAAAUAACAUAUGAUCGUGGUACCAAUAAAACAGAAGCCACUGGAUUCUGCAUUGAUGUCUUCAAAGCUGUCUUGGAUAUUUUGCCCUACGAAUUACCAUACGAAUUUCUUGCAUAUGCAAAGCCUGAUGGUGAGAUGGCAGGAAGCUACAAUGACUUAAUUUCUCAAAUUUAUUAUGGGAACUAUGAUGCAGUAGUGGGAGAUGUAACAAUCAUUGCAAAUAGAUCCAACUAUGUUGAUUUCACAAUGCCAUACACAGAAUCCGGUGUUACAAUGGUUGUUUCAAUGAAAGACAAUAGGAAGAAAAAUGCAUGGGCUUUUUUGAAGCCACUGACAUGGGAUCUUUGGGUAGCAUCAGCUUGUUCACUUAUAUUCAUUGGAUUCGUUGUAUGGGUUCUUGAACAUCGAAUAAACGACGACUUUAGAGGACCACCCUCUCAUCAGAUUGGUACAAGUUUAUGGUUUUCCUUCUCAACUGUGGUUUAUGCUCAUAGAGAGAAAGUGGUUAGCAACUUGGCUAGAUUUGUGGUGGUUGUAUGGCUUUUUGUGGUUCUAAUUCUAGUUCAAAGUUACACUGCAAGCUUGACUUCAUUGUUAACAGUUGAACAACUAAGUCCAACAAUUACAGAUGUUAACCAACUUCUAAAGAAUAAAAUGAAUGUUGGCUAUCUCAAAGGUUCUUUUGUUUAUGGAAUUUUGAAGAACUUGGGUUUUCCAGAUUCUCAACUCAUUACUUAUCAAUCACCUGAAGAAUGUAAUGAACUUUUCAUAAAAGGAAGUGUAAAUGGUGGAAUUGAUGCCGCUUUUGAUGAAGUUCCCUAUGUUAAGCACUUUCUUGGAAUUUAUAGUUGUUCAAAGUAUGUCAUGGUCGAACCAAAAUUUAAAACGGGUGGUUUUGGCUAUGCGUUUCCAAAAGGUUCACCUCUUGUAGCUGACAUUUCUAGGGCAAUCCUAAAUGUGACUCAGGGAGGCAAAAUAAAAACAAUUGAGAAUACAUGGUUCAGAGAACCAAGUUGUCUAAAUUCCAACACAGAUAUUUUCUUAAAUAACAAUCUUGGACUUGAAAGCUUUUGGGGACUGUUUCUCAUAGCAGGGAUUUGUUCCCUGUCAGCACUCCUAAUCUUUUUGGUGACAUUCCUAUAUCAGCACAACCACAUUUGGUUAUACAAUAAUUCAAACACUUCAAUAUGGCGACGAUUUCGCGUCUUAGUAAGGAUAUUUGAUCAAAAAGACCUGAAUUGUCACGCAUUCAAGAAAAGUGAAAAUAAAAAGGAAAGCAGUGACAGUCCUUGUUCAUUUGAGGCAUCUCCAGGAACACAUUGUCCUCCUAGUCCAUCUAGUCAAACUGAAUCAAAUGUUUCGGUUUAUGGCGAUUUUAGUUUUAGUCCAAACAUAGAAAUGGAUGUUGUGCAAAUUACUAAUCAAGAAGUUGCUCCUGUGAACAACUGUGAAAUUAACUCACAAGCAACAGCCAACAUGACCUCAUCUACAUUUGUAACAUCCAGCCCAUAA